CCUCGCGGAGAGCGCAAAUUACAAAACACCUUCCCAAUAUACGAUUACACCCAAACCCUAAUUCUCUCCCUCGCGCAACGACUGCCCUCUGCUGCUGAACUUGAGCAUUGUAGGCGCUCCUCCAAUCUCCUCGUGCCCCUCUCGUCACAGCAGAAUGGAUGCCCAAAAGGAGAUAAAGAAUGCAACUGUGAUAAAAGUGAUUGGUAGGACGGGAUCCAGAGGACAGGUCACGCAGGUGAGAGUGAAAUUUAUGGACUCUGAUCGAACAAUCACAAGGAAUGUGAAAGGACCAGUGAGGGUAGGGGAUGUCCUCACCCUGCUAGAGACUGAAAGAGAAGCUAGAAGGCUGCGCUGAUGUGCCCUUCUCUAAGUGACUCCUGCCACUUUUGGCAUUUUGCUAGACCGCUGUUUGGUUUUCUUUGUGGCCAACAAUUUGGUAAUUGGCUCUAUAGUAUGAUGGAUUUCUUAUUUAAGUUUUAUUAGAAGUCGGAUGCUAUGUGUUGAAUGCUUUGAGAUUAAUUUUUGAACUGAUUCAGCUGUUUCGGGUUUUAAAUCAUGUUAUGAUUUUGAUCACAAAUUUGUCA